GUAGAACAUACGUUAUUACGAUGUCAAAGAUUAAACACCACCCUCUCGCCCGCAUACAGCCACUACCCCUGAUUCCACGACAAUGGACGCCAUCAGUGGCAUGCCCAGAGUGCCAUCGCCCCAACGAUCACGACUUCAGGCUGUGUCAAAUGUGCGGAUACGAAAGGCAACCCUUCCCACCACCAAGGGAAAAGUUGGAUGUGGACGACGACAAGAUUCAGGCACGGUUAGAAGAAAUAAACAAACUAGCCGUAAGCUCAGACUAUGGAAAAAAGAAAGCUGCACUUGAAAACGAGUUAAGAAACUUCUUAGGUAAUAGAUCUCCCCCCAAGGACCUCACCACAGCCUCGCCAAAAGACGUUUGCAGUUUCUUAGUCUGGAAAGACGAAGGGGGGAAAACUAUAGUACAUAAGACGGGUGGUAAGAACUUUGGGGAAAAACGAAAGUCGGGGUGUGGCUGCCCAAAGAGACUGGCAGCCGGGACGGUAGACUCCGUUAUCGGACAACUACGAUCGAUUUUCACGAAAUCGGGAAGGGGCGGCGAAUGGAACGACGCGAUAUGUGCGGGAAACCCAGCAGUCGCACCUAGGGUAGCAGAAUACCUUAGGAUAACAAAGGCAGAGCAGGCUAACGCCUUGAUUCAACCUACACAAGCUCAACCAGUCUUCCAUGACAAGUUGGAGGCGUUGUGUACGCAUAUCGCCGUGAAAUUGAGAGACCCAAAGACUAAAGAAAGUAAGCUUUUCACUUUGGCUCGGGAUCAAGCGUUUUUCAAGGCCAUGUUCUUCGGAGCGGACAGAGCAGCAGACCUAGGCAGGUGUAAAUCAGAAGAACUGGCGUGGCUACCGGAGGGUGAGGGCAUCCUAUUUAACCAUACUUUUGGCAAGACAUUGCGAGACGGAACAGCAAACACGUUCCCAAUUCUAGCUAACGAAAACAGCGCCAUCUGCCCAGUUCGAGGUUUACAGGCAUACUUCACAAUGGCCACGGCUCUCGGUAUUAACCUCUCGAAAGGUUAUCUUUUCCGAGCAAUGAAUAAAUCGAAAGAGGUGGUCAACGAGCCCUUUUCUUACGACGCAGCCCAGAGCCGUUUCAAGGAGUAUUUGAUCAAAAUAAACAGGUACGAAGGAGACACCCUUCACGGUCUGCGUACAGCCAGUGCUAUCACCAUAGCAAUGGGGGGCGCGAGCCAGUCAGCCCUCAUGGCACACGUGGGAUGGCGGGAGAAAGCGACAGCUCAGCGAUAUAUGCAACUCAGGAAGGUGUGCCACGAUGAGUCCCCUGCGGCCAUCCUACGCGAACAAGUGACACCGGGAGCCCGAAAAGACAACCCUAAGAAACGGAUCACAGAUGCGGCAACAGUGUAUCAGUGUAAGAACAGUACAGACUACAAGCCAGUGCUUUAGUUUAAUUUCCCCACGACGGUAUUACAAUGUUUAGCAAAUAACAUGCCCUUUUCUCUAGUCAGACUACCGGGGUAAGUGUGGUAUCUAGCAGAAUAGUAAUAGGAACAUUUGUGAGGUGGCGAAUACCCAUUGACAAUAUCUGUAUUUGACCAGAUGUAUACGGCGUGGGAAGAGAUCGGACUGUUAUUCCCUAAAUAUGUAGUAGCAUUGUGAGUCGCCAGGGGGAGCUAGGCGGUGGGAUGAGUUGAACAUGGAUAAUCUGGAAGUAUCGCUUGCUAUCAGCCAAGAUAGAUAAGACGACAUGGGCCGAGCAAGGAAUAAAGGGAGUGAAUAUGAGAGAACGUGAAGUGUUUGUGUGAUUUCAUCAGGCAAAGGGAAAAUCGAGAGGUGAGGGAAACCAAGUAGGGGUAGGUUGGAUUUUUGUAAGUAUUGGAAGAUAGUGAGAAGAAGGGGAAGGAUAAAAGCUGUGUGUAAAGGGGGGAAGGCAGGAGCACCCGAUAUAACGCCCAUAUCUAAACUCGAACAGAGAGCGAGGUAAGAAGGGAUUUAGUACUAUCCCGUCAUGCCUCGCGCGAUGAGCGAGUUAGAUACAACAAACCCCACAUGUGAUCUCACUCCGUGUCGCGGGGUAGGAGUGGAAGGGAUGAACAAGCGCGCACCUCCCAGGCUGGUAAGUGAUAGGAGCCAUUGGGAAUGAAAUUUAAAAAAAAAAAAAAAAAAAAAAAAAAGGAAGGAAGAACUAAGGCAUCUCCGCGCAGCGUCCUGAUUAUCUUGCCUCUGUUCGGGCCCUUGGCCUUGAGCCACCCGAUAUAACGCCCAUAUCUAAACUCGAACAGAGAGCGAGGUAAGAAGGGAU